CCGUCACGUGCCUGCGCAUGACGUCACACCCGGAAGUGGCGGGCACGCGCAGCCGGUGGCGAUGAGCGGGGAGCCCGAGGAGCUGUCCGUGGCGCCCCCUCCCGGGGAGGUGGAACCGGGCAGCGGGGUCCGCAUCGUGGUGGAGUACUGCGAGCCCUGCGGCUUCGAGGCCACCUACCUGGAGCUGGCCAGCGCCGUGAAGGAGCAGUACCCAGGCAUCGAGAUCGAGUCGCGCCUCGGAGGCACGGGAGCAUUUGAGAUCGAGAUCAAUGGACAGCUGGUCUUCUCCAAGUUGGAGAACGGGGGCUUCCCUUAUGAGAAAGACCUCAUCGAGGCCAUCCGCAGAGCCAGUAAUGGAGAACCGCUAGAGAAGAUCACCAACAGCCGCCCGCCCUGCACCAUCCUGUGAGGGCUCCAAGUUCCAGGGUCCAUGCCUUGGUUUCCCUGAGUCCUGCUGGGAGCUCUCACCCGCCCACCUCUUUCCCUUCGCUUAGCUCCAGGCAGCUAAGGACCCUGGCCUCCACUGUACCCUUUUGAGCAGAGAAGGGAAGAGGAGCCUUUGCGGCUGUGAGGGUAGGAGUGGUGGGGCUCUUGGUAGACUUUCCACAACCACCUCGCACCGCCUUCCUGGGCUCCGUGUGGGUGUGCGGCCAAGCCCUGUCCCAGUACUUGGCAGAGCGCGGUGGAUCUAACUCACAUGCCCAGAGCCCUGGGCCAUGUCAGCUGUUGGAAUAAAGAGGCCCUCCAAACACUCA